AUGAGGCAUAACGUCUUGGCCGUUAUGGCCCUUGUCAACGGCCUUGCCCAGGCCAAUCGGUUCUCCUGGCAAAGCAACGCUGAGACCGAUGUCAGCAAGCAAGGUCUUGACAAUGAGUUCAAGUCAAACGAGGUACUCAAGCCAGACGAGGACAAGAAGUGGGUCGGAUCUCUUCUUGACGAUGAAGAAGACAAGAAGGUCGAGGAAGUGAAGAAGCAAUCCAAGGACGACUACGAGAAGCUCCAGAAGCUGAAGAAAAAGCUGGAGAAAGAGAAGGUGGAAGCAGAAGAGGAGGAGGAAUAUGAGACCGAGGAGAAGGAACACAAGGACAACAAGAAGUAUGACCCUGAGCACCACAAGCAACAUCACGGGCAUCAUGCUGAAAAGCACAAGCACAACGGCGAUCACUACGAUGCUCACCACUACAAGAAGCCCUACGUGAUCGACGGCAAGAAGUAUGACUACAUUCACAAGCCCAUUGUAGAGCAUCAUACCUACACCAAGUACCAUGAUCCUAAGCUCAGCCCCAAGUGCUACGGUGACAGGUGCGAUCGCAAGCCUUGCAAGGAGUGUGGCAAUGACUGGGCUCAACCUGGCUGCUGGCACUGCAAGAACCACAAGGGCAAUUAUGGUGAGGCGGCCAAGACCACCAAGUACGCUCCUGAGAAGACUGGAGAGUACGAGAACGCUAAGACAUACACCCACAAGGGUGUUACUGUCAUUGUCCCCAAGCAGACCAAGGCCCCUGAAGCCCCCAAGGUUGAGAAGCCCAAGGAGCAGCCCAAGAAGGUUGUCGUUGUCGUCGAGGAAGAAAAGAAGAAGGAGAAGGAGAAGGAUAUCUGCCACAAGGUUGUCAAGGGACAUGGUGAGAACAAGUACGAGGAGACUGUUUGUGACAAGAUCAAGUACCAGAAGGAACCUCCCAAGAAGGAGCACAAGCACCAGGACAUCUGCCGUAAGAUCGUCAGUGGCCACGGAAAGUACAGAAAAGAAGAGAUUGUCUGUGAGAGGAUCGAGCCUCAAAAGGAACAGCCCAAGGUCCACUACGAGCCCAAGAAAGAGGACGUCUGCGAUAAGGUCAAAGGUUGCCCUACUCCUGCUCCUGCUCCUCAGCCCCAUUACCCUGAGGUGAAGCCUCUACCUGCUCCCGCUCCCGCUCCCCAGCCUCAGUACCCCAAGAAGGAGGAGGACAUCUGUGAUAAGAUCAAAGGUUGCCCUGCUCCUGCUCCCGCUCCCCAACCUCAAUACCCCGAGGUGAAGCCUGUACCUGUCCCUGCCCCCGCUCCUCAGCAACCCAAGGUUGAGCCUGUUCCGGUCCCUGCUCCCCAGCCUCAGUACCCCCAGAAGGAGGAGGAGGAUAUCUGCGACAAGAUCAAGGGCUGUCCAGCUCCCGCUCCCGCUCCUGAGGUUAAGCCCAUGCCUGCUCCUGCGCCUGCUCCUGCUUCUGAGCCUCAACCUCCCAAGGUCGAACCUAUGCCAGCCCCUCCUCCUAUGCCCAAGCCUGAGGAGAUCAAGCCUGUUCCUGUGCCUGCUCCCGCCCCUCCCCAGCCUCCUGUCCCUGUCCAGCCUGAGCAGGUUCGACCUCAGGGCGAGGGCUCCGGAGAAGCUCCCCGAGUUCCCUUGACUGUCUCCAAGUCAGGUGCCAGCUCCAGCACCGUCUCCAUUGCCGGCACCCUUGCUGUCGGUAUUGUCGGCAUGAUGCUCCUUUGA